GGGAGAACGACCAAAAAAAAGAAAAGAAAAACCAGCCUGAUGGCUAGGUAGUAAGUGAGAUGAUGUCUUCAUCUUCCCUACAGCCCUACGUGUUGUAACUUGAGGGACCAGACGCGCCCAGAUAAGUCGUCUACGUCCCCAAGGCUCGACAAAUUCAAUCACCGAGGGCCCCCAUCUUCACGACCAAAGAACUUUUCAGAGGGAUGUUCGUCUCCGGCCCGACCGGAUUCGUGUAAUGUUAUAGGUCCUGAUGAUGCUUCUCAGAACCCUGCUCAAGCACCGGAGCUAUCCCUUUUAAAUUGGAGACCGCUGCCGGACGUACACGCCACCUUCGAUACCCUCCCCCAGAUGCUGGAGAAAACUGCCGCGGGCUUGGAACCAUGCGGUUUUCACCGGGUAGUUCCCGGCGCGGUCAAGUCCCUGCGGAGCGCGAGACACCUCCGCACGAGCUUCUGGAGGCAUGGGGCAGUUGAUAUCGAGUUAACCACAACUUGGAAAGCCUUGAUGCACGGCACCAUCGACCUUAAUAUGAGUCCCGCUCCCGAGGAGAACGGAGGCCCAGCAUUGAGCGCAUCGACACUUCCUCUUGACUUUCUAUAUCCAAGCGGCGCUCUCACGCUUACGCGCCGCUUGAACUGGUCCUCCCAUAUCUCCAGCUAUCCCGGUAUGUUUCCUCGUGGACGGCCUUUUCUAAAAUUCCCCCCUCGCCUCUAUACGCCCUCUCUCCCCAGGCGGCGAGCCGACCGCUCCGAAACUAAGGCGGAGGCUGAGGCGGGCGCCGAUCCAGAUCCAGGCGCCGAUGCAGGAGCGGGGGCCGAUCUAGAAGUAGGCACCCACCCAGAAGCAAGCAGCGAUUUAAGAGCGGCCGCCGAUUCAGAACCAGGCGCCGAUGCAGAAGCAGACGCCGAUACAGAAGUCCGCGAGCUCGAUAAUAAUGCCGAUCCGAAAACGAGCGCCGAUAUAGAAGCACACGGGCUCGAUAGUAAUACCGAUCCAGAAGCAGGAGCUGAUCCGGAAGUACACGGGCUCGACAAUAAUGCUGGCCCGGAAACGAGCGCCGACACAGAAGCAGGCGCCGAUCUAGAACCGGGAGCCGACCCAGAACCGGGUGCCGUCUCAGAAGCAGGAGCCAAUCUACAAGCACACGAGCUCGAUGGUAAUGCCGCUCCGGAAGGGGGAGAGGACAAGACACUCACAGAGAGUAUUUCGCCUGAAGAUCGCCUCCACUCUAGCGCACUCGAAGACUUGAUGGCAAGUGUUGAUCUCGAAAAUGCUGAUUCUGUCUGGCAUCAUUUCGGGGCCCUAAGUGAGCCGCUACAGACCACCUAUACGAGCCAAGUUUUGGUCUUCCUUUCCAAGAUAGGCAGAUUAUCCGACUCUGGGAAAAUAUCCGAACUGUUCUAUAAGCUCCCUACGUCAGAGUGGGAUAACGAUAAUUUCAUCGCGGGCAUCACCGCCGAACUGGACCUGCAAAAUUUUGACAAGGCACUCGAAGUCUUUGUGAAGGGGCUCGAGAAUGAGGCCCUCGAAGUCCUACGCCUAGUCAAGGCCUUGGAUUCACUACUGGCUCGGUUUCUCCGACAUCCAACUCCCCGAUUAUUGAGGAGUCUAUGGCUGCAUUACCCUGAAAUGGCCGCACGGUGGGAAUUUAAGGAAAUCACCUCAGAACUCCGCAAAGUUGCUUCGGUGCCCGACCUCGCCGAACGAGCUCUCGAAUUCGAGGUCCGUGGCCGGCAGGAGCUUCAGGGGCCGGGCGACUCGCUACUCAGCGAGGAAGCAUUGGACAUGCUGAAGAAAAUCCUCGUACGCCGUGCCCUUGUUUCAUGUACUGACGCGCAAGUCAUCCCGCUUCUCAAUACGACAAACGACCCUCUCGCCUACGAGGACUUUCUGCGUACGGUAUGCUCUCGAGGGAAGUAUAAAUUCGGGAUUGAAAUAUAUCAAACCUAUCGUAACCUCCCUGGGAGCGUGCCGAGCCAUGCCGUCCUUCAUGAAAUGUUCAAGGCUUAUAACAGCAGGGGCACACCCAUGUACAUCAGGUACGCUGGCGUCGAAUUUCUAUGGGGUGACUGGCAAAAAUUUCACAUCAUUCCCUCUCUCAGAGCUUAUCAAAGGUAUAUGACCUUCUACGCGUCGCGAGGAGAUAUCGAGCAGGUCCAUAAACUAUGGGUAGAAUUCAUCGAGGCGUACAAAGACGACCCUGAACAUCCCGUUCUAGGAUGCGACGAUGUGUUUUCGCAUCUCCUCCAGGCACACGCGGUCCGCGGCGACUGCGAAGAAACACAGCGUAUUUUUGACGACAUCACGGACAAGUUUCAAGUCACUCCGAACACGGUCUGCUGGAAUAUCCUCCUCAACGCCUAUGCCAAGGCCGGCGACUACGAUGGCGCGAUAUCCAUUUUCGAAAAAUUCGCCACGGUAGGGCAGCCGGACCAGUAUACCUACGGGACGAUGAUGCAGAUGGCUGGCGGCAGAGGCGAUCUCGGGUUCACCAUUGAUCUGUAUCGCCGAGGGAACAAGGCCGGUGUGGGCGCGGAUGAAGCUAUUCUCAGUAGCCUGGUUGAUGCCUACUGCCUAAACGACCAUUUGCAAGAAGCUCAAGAUGUAUGCGUUCGCGCUUCGGCGAAGGGGAUCGUCGCAACCCGAAUGUGGAACAAGCUCAUCUACUACCACGCCCUUCGACGCGACCUUGCUAGCAUGAAUGCCGUUCUCAACCUCAUGGUCGAGAAGGAGAUCCCGUACAACGAAUACACUUACCAACAGCUACUGUUGGGCCUAUCCUUGUGCCGGCAGUCGCAGCACGCCCUUCACCUCCUCGCGGUAGCCCUCAAGGACACCAUCUUCGAGGUUACUCCCGAGCACUUCAACAUCGUGAUGGGCGGCUUACUGAGAACUGGAGAGCCUGGACCGGUCUUCCGUCUUCACAAGUUAAUGCAGGAUUACGGGUACCCAUCCUCUUCAACCACCUUGUUUCGGCUCACCCAGGCGCUCGGCCAAUGGAAAAACCUAACUCAGAUUCAGCGGUCGCGUCACACUGCAACCGAGUGGCUCGGCGAAGCUCUUCGCUCAUUCUACCGUAUAUAUGGUAUAAAAGAGCGGAGAGAUAUUACCAGACUACCUUCCCGCACGCCCAGGCACGACCUGUUGGGCGAACUGUUGGGGCUUUCCACCGAGAAAUUCCAAUUCAGCGCUAUGGUCCAUAUGUUUACGCAGCUUAAAGACUUCGUUCGAGCCCGGGAUUUCGUCGACCUUUACCGUUAUGUCUUCCAGGGUCGCAGUGACUUGGAGGGGGUUCUCCCCGUGGGUAUGCUCAACUCGGUCAUGCUUGCGGAUUUCCAGGAAGGACAUUACGAUCAAGUUAAAAGCACGUGGAAUUCUCUCUUCGAGUCUGCGAAGAUAGAGGCACGCUCGGCAGACUACAUUGAAGAGUUACCGCACACUCCCAAAAUCUCGGCCAAGUAUCGCUAUGUCCUAUCGAACGGGCUGGAAGUCAUGCAGAAGUUGCUCUUCCUCGAAGGAAAUGCCACUGGCAUCAUGAGCCUAGUCAAAGAGGUCCGCGACGAAGGCUUCGAGAUCAAUAGUAGGAAUUGGAAUUACUAUGUGCAGGCGUUAGUCCAGCUCAAGCAGUACAAGGAGGCAUUCGUCACCUGCGAGAAGAUUCUCAUGCCUAACUGGACCGGAUGGUUUGUCGUGCGCACGAAGGAGAAUGUGCGGAACAACAUAUCGCUCGACCUACGUCGAAAGGGCGCGUCCCCCCGGUACCUUCGACCCGUCGCUACAACGCUCUACCACCUAGCACGGGGCUAUAUGGAAUUGGAUCAGCUCGCCCCUUGGACCGGCGAAGCGGCUAAGACGGCUCGGGAGGUGGAAAACGAGUGUCCGCAGACAGUUCGAGCGAUCAAAUCAAUGAUCCGGGUACAUUCGAAACUCGAGUACGAAAUUUUCGGCCGAGAGGAGUCGUUCAAUUAUAUCGACUCCGAAAAUGGUGAUGAUGAUGAAAGCCUGGAUGUGGAGGCGGGUGAUAAGCCGGAUGAAACGCCGGAGGACGGUGCUACGGACUCGCAGCCGGGUGACGGUGCCAUGAACCCGCCGCCUGAUGUAUAGAAGGCUGUCUUGAUAGUUAGGGGUAUAUAUGUGGGAUUCCACGAUGCCCGACGCACUUGGAUGUGAACGUGAUUCAUCGAAUGGCGUCGAAAGCUAGGUAGAAGAUGUCAACAGAAGCAUGGUUUCAUUCGCCUUGACGUAGGUAUCAU